UGUGAGGACUGGAAGAGGACAUGUAGGGGACAUAUCAUUAAUGACAAGAGACGGAGACGGAAUGGAGACGCUCUUGGAGGAAUAAACGCGGAGGAAUUAGAUCCACUGGAUGCAUUUAUAGUUUCACUUUUACGCGUCACGGUUCUUGUUUUUCCUGCAGCAGCAGCAGCAGCAGCAGAGGAGGAGGAGGAGGAGGAGGAGGAGGAGGCUGGUAACAGAGGAGCUGGAAACCAGACAACAAGUCCAAAAAUCAUCAGCUGAUCUUCCCCUCCGGCCACCAACUGGACUCAGUGACAGACAGGACUCGUCUUCACCAGAACAUGCAAUAGAGGAAGCAGCUGCAUCAUCAUAUUCAUCACCACUGUGAUCAGUAGACUCCCCCCCCGACAUGGCCUCCUCUCCCGGGCUGGAUGCUGACCCGUUACCUCUGAUCCAGCUCCAGGAGGUGGACUCCAGCAAACCGGCAGAGAGGCCGAGCUCCCCGGGACUCCUUCCCGCCGUGUACAGCCCUCCUGUGGGCAUGGACGGCCACACCGUCUGCAUCCCCUCUCCAUACACGGACAGUAGCCACGAGUACAACCACGGCCACGGACCUCUAACCUUCUACAGCCCGUCUGUGCUGAGCUACGCCAGGCCGCCCAUCGCCGACAGCCCGUCGUCUCUGUGCUCGUCCCUCAGCCCGUCGGCCUUCUGGCCGUCCCACGGCCACCCCAACAUGCCCUCACUGACUCUGCGCUGCCCUCAGCCUCUCGUCUACAAUGAGCCCAGUCCACAUGCACCCUGGAUGGAGGCCAAAACCCACUGUAUCAACAGCAGCAGCUCCAUCAUGGGCUGUAACAAGCCGCUGGGGAAGAGGUCGGGGGAGGAAGUCGUGAACUCCUCCUUGUGCUCGUCUGCGGCGGGCAAAGCCGACAUGCACUUCUGCGCCGUGUGCCACGACUACGCCUCGGGCUACCACUACGGCGUGUGGUCCUGCGAGGGCUGCAAGGCUUUUUUCAAGAGGAGCAUCCAAGGACACAACGACUACAUCUGCCCCGCCACAAAUCAGUGCACCAUCGACAAGAACCGACGUAAAAGCUGCCAGGCCUGCCGCCUACGUAAAUGCUACGAAGUGGGCAUGAUGAAGUGCGGUGUAAGGCGUGAACGCUGCAGCUAUCGAGGAGCCCGGCACCGCCGCGGUGGACUCCAGCCUCGGGAUCCCACAGGCAGGGGUUUGGUCAGGGUGGGGCUGGGUCCUCGGGCCCAGCGGCACCUCCACCUGGAGGCUCCCCUCGCCCCACUCGCCCCCCUCCCUCAGGCCAACCACGCGCACCACUCGGCCAUGAGGCCGGAGGAGUUCAUCUCCCGCAUCAUGGAGGCGGAGCCUCCGGAGAUCUACCUCAUGGAGGACAUGAAGAAGCCGUUCACCGAGGCCAGCAUGAUGAUGUCCCUCACCAACCUGGCCGACAAGGAGCUGGUCCUCAUGAUCAGCUGGGCUAAAAAGAUCCCCGGUUUUGUAGAGCUGAGUCUAGCUGACCAGAUCCACCUGCUGAAGUGCUGCUGGCUGGAGAUCCUGAUGUUGGGCCUGAUGUGGAGGUCGGUGGAUCAUCCCGGAAAACUCAUCUUCUCUCCAGACUUCAAACUCAACAGGGAGGAGGGCCAGUGUGUGGAGGGCAUCAUGGAGAUUUUCGACAUGCUGCUUGCAGCCACUUCUCGGUUUCGUGAGCUGAAGCUUCAGAGAGAGGAGUACGUCUGUCUGAAGGCCAUGAUCCUCCUCAACUCCAAUCUGUGUACGAGCUCCCCUCAGACAGCCGAGGAGCUGGAGAGCAGGAGCAAGCUGCUGCAUCUGCUGGACUCGGUGAUCGACGCUCUGGUCUGGGCCAUUUCCAAGAUGGGCCUGUCGACCCAGCAGCAGACUCUGCGUCUGGGACACCUCACCAUGCUGCUCUCCCACAUCCGCCACGUCAGUAACAAAGGCAUGGACCACCUGUCCAGCAUGAAGAGGAAGAACGUGGUGCUGGUGUACGACCUCCUCCUGGAGAUGCUGGACGCCAACACGUCCAGCAGCGGCAGCCAAGCGUCAUCCUCGCCGAGCUCCGACUCGUACUCCGACCAGCAUCAGUACCCCCAAACCCCGUCGGCCGCCGACCACACCGCCAUGCCUCCGCAUGGACCCAAUGAGGCCCCGAUCCUGGACAGACACCUGCAGGCUCUGCCCCUCCAGUCCUCAGCGCCAUUUCAGAGUUUAGCGGCGGCUCACAUGGUGAGCAACGAAUACAUCCAUCAGGAGCAGUGGUCACUGGAUGCAGGAGACGACGGUCCAUCGGUGGAACCAACGGGCUACAUCAUCGCUGAUCGGGUUGUCAUGGAGACGGCCAUCGAGGGGUGACGGGACUGGAAGAGUCUAACUGAGACUGAACUUUUAAUGGCUUUCCACCCCUCACCCCCAACGAUCGAGAGAAAAGGAAACAAAAAAAAAGAAAGUGCUGUUGUGAGGUAGUUUUUUUUCUCCUGUUGAGAUGUUUUUAGUCUUUGAAAAAAAAAAAAUGUUUUUGAUCGAAUGUAUAUUUUGUGUGCGUAAAUAUUUUUUGUGAAUGUGCACUACAGUCGGUGUUCGCGAGGACGUCGCUGAACCUCUGCCAGUCAGUUUGAGCUCUUUUUUAAAUAUCCAGUAUUUGUAUCUCUUUUUUCACCUUCGGUGUAAACAUCCAGAACAAGCCGUCGACGACCGGCAGCGACUCACAGAAAGGUGCAUGUGGUCAACACACAGUUCCCAUCCAUUUCCAUUUGAGGGUUCUUAGUCAUAUAGCUUUAAAAAAAAGGCAGUGUUUUCUAUCACACUCUGGUGUUUUUCCUCUUUCACUACUACUCUGUACUUUGGUGUUUUAAUCGGUGCCUGUUCAUCCAGGAUUUUUCUACUCUCUUUGUACAAAACUACUAGUUUCAGUGGAGUCAAGAAGCAGCAGUUUGACCCCUUUUCCACCAACUUAGCUCUGGUUCUUGAACCGGUUCCUGUGCGAAACCGCCCACGUUUCCACCAGUUUUGAGCAGAAGGAUGUGUCAUCAACGGAGGGUGUUGCACAAUGCACAACGGAAGUAAACAGUAGCAGCAAAAUGGCGGGUUGCAUUGAUUACCUGCAAGCUUUUUACAGGUAUUUGGUAUCACUUCAUUUAACAGGUCCGCAAGUUUCAUGUUAAUUGGGUGAUAAUUAACCUAUUUGAAAUUAAUGCUAAAUUACCCAAAUACUUACCUCAAAACGUAUCGAAAAAUUACUUUAUUAUAAACAUUAUUUAAUAAUUAUAUUCCGCUAUUUCCCAAUAGCUGAUAAUGUAUUUAAUACAUUUCCAGGAAAAGAAGACAAAGUUAAUUGAUAUGCUUUAUUU